GCAAGACCAAUGAGCCCAUCAAAAUGAAAAAUAUCAUGUCCUUUUUUGUCAACUUCAGUUUUCCCUCUAUAAAUCUUAUGCUAUUUUCAGAAAAUAUGAAGUAGAAUUCUAUCACUUAGAAACACAAAUGGACAUCAUCUCAGGACAACCUCUAUUUCUCAUCUUCUGCUUUAUCUUAUCAUGUCUUCUUUUCUUCACCACCGCACGAUCUCGACGUAGCCCUUGUCAAUUGUCCAAGUCACCUCCGGGGCCUCCACGGUUACCCAUAAUUGGAAACAUUCAUCUGGUCGGAAAGAACCCACAUCACUCAUUCACGGACCUCUCAAAAACAUAUGGACCAGUCAUGAGUCUUAAGCUUGGAUGUUUAAACUCAGUGGUCAUAGCUUCACGAGACGCUGUGAGAGAAGUACUAAAAACACACGACCAAAUCUUGUCUGGACGGUACAUAAGUGAAGCGACCAAAUCCAACAAUCAUCAUGAAUUUUCCGUUGGCUGGAUUCAUCCAUCGUCAUCUCGUUUUAGGUAACUACUUAUUGAUUUUUCCUUUCCUAUGAUUAGUGGGAAGAAGUUAACUAGGAAAUCCAACUACUUCUCGUUUUAGUAACUAGGAAAUGCUAGAUCUUUGAUCAUGAUGAUGAUCUUCUUCGAAAUACUGGAUCUAGAUAAUAAUACUUGCAGUAGACCGACCAUACAUGCUUGGCCCUGACCUAAAAUCCAACAAGCUGGUGCAUUAGGUAACACCGUAACAAAAUAUAUUUUAAUUUUAAGUGCAAUUAAAUUUCAAAAUAGUCUUGUAGUACAGUGGUUUUUGUUUUACUUUUUGGCAAAAAGUGACGAGUUUAAGCGCUUUGGUUUUUUCUUUCUGUUAGUAUAUUGUGAUGUUACUGAGUUGUGUAGCUGUGACAGUUGGAACAUGGACACUCGGUCAGAAUCACAACAUAUGCAGUGACAGUUUAGAGAAACAUUCUAAGAUAGUAUUGAAGCUUGAAGAUCAUCAAAGUACAAUCUACAAAGGUGAGCUUGAGUUCUAAAACGCAGUAACAAAGGGGGAGAAUGAGAGUAUAUUUGUAACUGGUUGUUAGACUCAAGAUGAUGACACACAGCUCAAGAUAUGAGAUGAUACAGACUACACUGCAACAAGAACAUAUGUGUGAAACAGGGAUGAUACAGACCGUGAUACAACAGAGGACUUGGCACAGAAUGAAACAAGAGUUUAUGCAGACAGCAACAGAGAUAUUGAAAGAUCUAUGUGACGCUGGAGUAUCAACAGAAAGUAUCAGAGUUGUGUUCCACAGGUAGCAGCUGUGUACACAACAGGAGAACUGAACGUAGAAAGAAACAAGCUAAGAAUGAAGAUGACGUGGCGUGUUUCUAUUGGAGACGUGAUGUUUCCUUUAGUGGUGGCUCAGAUACUUUCGGAUCAAAGAAAAAAGAUUGCGAGAAUAUUUGGAGCUUAGGGUUUUGUCUUGAGUAUAUAUAGAUGACUGCCGUGACAAAAAGAGGUGGCGCGUCUAUGAUAUAGUUGAGAGAGAUGCACACAUGUGUGUGGCGUCGCCCCACCAAAUACAGAUGAUGAUCUGUUGGUGGUAUUCCUUUGGAAUCUGCAGCCCUUAGAGAAGACGGUGAUGCACCGGUGCUGCCGGGUGGUAGUCAAGACAUGCGUGGCUUGAUACUGUUUCCAAAGUCCAUCUAGAAAAGAGUGAAUGUUGAGGAAAUUGUCGGCUACUCAGCUGUUCUCACCGCAGUGUAUCCAGGCUACCAAAGCUCUGAGGAUGAAGAAGGUGCAGGAACUUGUCAACUUCCUGAGUGAAAGCUGUGAGAGAGAAGAAGCUGUUGAUAUUUCUCAUGUAUCCUUCGUCACAGCUCUCAAUAUCAUAUCGAAUAUUUUGUUCUCAGUCAAUCUCGGUAGCUACGAUUCAAAAAAUUCCAGUGCGUUUCAAGAGAUGGUGAUCGGUUACCAGGAAUCUAUCGGAAAUCCAGACCUUGCUAACUUCUUCCCAUUUAUGAGAUUUCUUGACUUGCAAGGUAACAGUAAGAAGAUGAGGGAGUCCUCAGGGAGAUUGCUUCAGGUAUUCAGAGAGUUUUAUGAUGCUCGGAUUGUGGAGAAAUCAUCGCGUUCAGUUGAGAAAGAUGUUUCGAGUAAAGACUUCCUGGAUGUGCUUAUCGAUCUCCAACAAGGAGAUGAAACUGAAAUCAACAUCGACGAGAUCGAACACCUACUUCUCGUAAGUCUUAGCUUAGUUCAUAACAUGAUCUAUAUUAGUUCACUGAUAUUAAUAUAUAAUAGACGUAUGUGUCAGGAUAUGUUUGUAGCAGGCACAGAUACAAACUCAAGUACCGUGGAAUGGGCAAUGGCAGAGUUACUUGGAAACCCUAAAACGAUGACAAAAGUUCAAGACGAGAUCAAUCAUGUGAUAGGGCAAAACGGUGACUUUCAAGAGUCUGAUAUCUCAAAACUGCCGUAUUUAAAAGCGGUCGUAAAAGAAACUUUCCGACUACACCCUGCUGCUCCAUUUCUCCUCCAAAGAAAAGCUGAAACCAACGUAGAGAUUCUUGGAUUCACUGUGCUUAAAGACUCUCAGGUUCUUGUGAACGUGUGGGCCAUAGGACGAGACCCACUUGUAUGGGAAAAUCCGACCCAUUUUGAGCCAGAGAGGUUUUUGGGGAAAGAGAUUGAUGUAAAAGGUACAGAUUAUGAGCUUACACCGUUUGGGGCUGGGCGUAGAAUUUGUCCGGGACUGCCUUUGGCUAUGAAAACAGUGCAUCUCAUGCUUGCUUCUCUUCUCUAUACCUUUGAAUGGAAGCUUCCAAACGGUGUCGGUUCAGAGGAUUUGGACAUGGAAGAGACCUUUGGUCUCACAGUGCACAAGACAAACCCGUUACUUGCCGUGCCUCUGAAGAAACGAGCCAUAAAUUAAUACUUCUUGUAUUGUUUGAAUUUGAUAAAAAUUAUAUUGAAGGGUCUGUUUUCUUUUGUAUUUUUCAAGCGUUUAUUAUUAAAUUACCAAAGAUUUCAA